AUGCGCCUCAAAAGUCUUGGGCUCUUGCUGUUCCACAGCGUCUUGGCCAUAGCAGGCACCAUCCCCAACACCCAGCCCAUUAAUGAAUCAACCGCCUUCAUAGGUCAACCAGCUACGCCGAAUACCCUUACUGUGAAGAUACCCUUCUUUCCAUCUGCAUCUCUCAUGCACGAAGACAGCGGCAACACCGGGUCGACCGACUACCCAGGACCCUUGGGAGGCAGCAACAUGAGUCUGUUCAGCCAGCAGAUCGUUACUGGUGUCAUGACCUGGGGCACGAACAAUACCAUGACGAUUGGUUAUGCCAAUUCAACAACGCUCGCCCGUGGAAUCGCAGCCAUUGACCCACAGACAAUGGAGAUCUUGGCUACUUGGACCCCUCCAGACUCCAACCAGACCCUCAGCCUGGGAUACCUCGAGUAUCUGCUCGAGAGCGACGAAAUACUCUUCACCAGCCAGGAAGGCCAUGUAUACCUGAUUCGUCGUGAUGACGACGCCGAAAAGGGAACCGCAUUCACGACCGUUCGCAACAUUGACUUGACCACAAUUCCGGCGGCAAUUGCUGAUGGCGAGUCCUUGCUGAACGCGAUGAUGGAUACGGCUGGGAAUAUUUGGUAUACUACCGGUGGCAUCCCGGGAAUCGGUUCGCUGUAUGCUGCGCAGACUUUUCUCACGCUCGGCUACAUCACACCCGAUAAUCAGGUACAUUCGAUUCAGAUGGAUGGCCAGACUAUCGAGAACGGCAUUGCUGUCAGCAACACCACAGCCUAUGUCGUCACAGGUCCCACGACCAUUGGCACAGAAGGGGUGCCUCAAGUCGGAUACAUGCUCGCCUUGACGUCGCUUCCAUCCUCUGGAGAUGCUGGCUCUAAUGGUGGAGUGCGAACUCUCUGGAAUGCCACGUACGAUGCUGGCAGUACUACAAAGCUGGGCGCCAUCACUCGCGGUUCGGGGUCUACGCCGGCGCUUCUUGGAGACGAUUAUGUGGUUAUUACAGACAACGCCGACGGCCGAAUCAACCUCGCAGUCUACUAUCAAGGGGCCAUAGAGAAAGAUCAGUUGCUUUGCACCGUCCCCCUCUUCGGAGAGAACGCAAGUGCCAACGAUCUAGCGGCGACAACACACUACGAUGUCACAACCGGAUUUUACACAGUCGUGGUGGAAAACACAUUCAACGGCACCACGGUGUUCUGGCCGAAUGCCUCCUCGACUAUGGACGAUAUCAACGGUGGGUGGAACAACAUGGCUGGCAUGCCAGGUGGCACAUUUGCGGUUCAAGUCUCGGCCGAUGCUUCCGGUAAUUCCACAGCAGCCCCGUGCUCUGUUCGCUGGACGUCUCCUAUGACGGUUAAAGCCAACCCAGUGCUGAGCACGAAGACGGGAUUAUUGUACUUUUACACCCAGGACGAAAAGCUUGCUGACGAGGGUAUGUAUGUGUGGUAUGUCGUAGCUUUGGACUGGCGAUCUGGUGCGGAAGUCUGGAGAGCACGCAUGGGCUCCGGUGGAGCGUACAAUGAUAACUGGCUUCUAGGUGGCUUGGGGCCCGACGGCACUUAUUAUCAGGCGAUGCUUGGUGGGCUCGCCGCGAUGAAAGAUGGCUCCAACUGA